GGAAGUGCUUUUAUUCUGAAAUUUCCACCGGAAGUUAAGCUGAAAAGGAAGUGCUUUUAUUCUGAAAUUUUCACCGGAAGUUAAGCUAAAAUGGACGUGGUUUUAUUCUGACACUUUCACCGGAAGUAAAGCUGCAAUGGAAGUGCUUUUAUUAGGAAAUUUCCACCGGCCCUAGCAGCUAACUGCCUAGCAGAAAGUAACUUCACAGUCAGCCUCGGAGGGAGCACGUUUCAUCCAAGAGAGAAGCUAGCAGCGGUGAGGAUUGUUAAACUCUUCAGAAAUAAUGUUUUGUCCAUAUUGUGGGAUAAACCUUGAGAGGGUGCUCUCCUACUGCGGCUCUUGUGGCAGAAAUAUCCAGUGUUUAACAAGUCUUCAAUCCGAAGCAGGUCCUGAAGAAACUACCAUGGAUGAACUCAUCUACAAAUAUUUCACAGAUGGUCAUACCUCUGAUAUAAUAGUGGAUUUACUAGCAACCAAACACAACAUUUCAACUAGCCUCAGCACAGUAAAAAGAAGAUUAAGAGAAGCAGACUUAACCAAGAGGACUAACUAUACUCCAAUUAUUGCGGUUCAGGCAGCUAUUUCAGAGGAGCUUCAGGGACCUGGGAAGCUUUUAGGUUACCGAGCAAUGUGGCAGAUUCUCAAACAAAAGUACUCAUUUACAGUAAGAAGAAGUGAUGUGAUGAAGCUUAUGAGAGAACUUGACCCAUCUGGAAUAGAGGCUAGAUCUAGGAGAAGAUUUGCAAGAAGAGCAUACCAUUCAAUGGGACCAAACGAAGUCUGGCAUGUCGAUGGCUAUGACAAACUGAAACCAUUUGGAAUCGCCAUAAGUGGCUGUAUUGAUGGCUUCUCUCGAAAAAUUAUGUGGCUCACGUGUGGAAAGUCAAACAAUGAUCCUAGUGUUAUUGCUCAUAAUUAUAUCAAAUGUGUAGCUGAAUUUGGAGUUUUCCCAGCGCGCCUCCGCACAGACUGUGGGACAGAAAACGGACUGAUGGCAGCUCUUCAUUGUUCCUUAAGAUCAGAGCAAACAGAUGACUUCGCUGGAAGCAGAAGUCAUAUGUAUGGCACUUCGACAUCAAACCAGCGAAUUGAAAGCUGGUGGUCAUACUUUCGUCGACAAAGGACACAAUUUUGGAUGGAUCUGUUUGGAGAUUUGAGGGAGAGCCAUCUGUUCAGUGGGAGUCAGGAACACACAAGGUUGCUCCGACACUGCUUUCUGGGUGUGCUACAGAAAGACCUGGAUGAAUACAAGCACCAAUGGAACACUCACAUCAUCCGUCCUGUUCGACUGUCUAAGUGCCCUUCUGGAAAACCAGAUGUGAUGUACUACUUACCACACAGAUUCAGUGGGAUGAACUGUGGAUUCACGGUAUCCCCACAAACAUUGAGCCAGCUUGAAAGACAAGUGCCAGGACCAGCAAGCUCAGCUGAGGAUGACCUACAAGACCUAGAAGAACUGCAGCGGCAAAGUGGUCUGACACCACCGAUUGAGUGGAAGUCAGCUGUAGAUUACUACAUCACCCUAAAAGGCAUGGCUGAACUAUAAUCAUCACUUGUGUAAAAAACAAACACAGUGGACGGUCAAAACAUUUUAUUUUCAUCUAUUACCCAUUGGCACACAGAAACACUGGAACAUUUUUAAAUAGGAAUAAAAAAAUACAGAACAAAAAACACUUGUUUAAUACUUUAAAUCUUUGAAAAAGCAAAAUAAAUUUCCCCAUCCUGAACAAAACCACUCUUGUCUUUCUUCUUUCGUUUGCUUUGCUAUUUUUUUUAGACUUUUUCAGACUGUUUAAAAACAUCCAAAUCCAGGGGAAUUCUUAAUCCCAAAGUUCAUAUUUGUUUUAAACGUGUCAUAGUCAUUCAAGAGAGGCAGCUUCAAAGUGUUGGCACAUGUAUUCGCCAUGGGAAACAUUGAACUGCCAAUAAAUUCAAGGUGUGGCUUAGGAUCCAUGCCAGCAGGAGGGAUGCAUGGCACACCUGUGGCAAACAUUAAGAUUUCCUCCAGGGUCACAGAGCUGUCAUCUUCUAAAAGUAGUAAACAUAAACAAAUUUAUUGUAAAAUGUGUUUUUUUUAAAAAAAAAAAGACAAUUGG